CAGACGAGCGAGGAAGCGAGGGGAGGAGAUCUAGAGCAGCGAACGAGAAGGACAGCGUGAGCAGCCAUGGAGAAGACCAUCAAGGACCACCUGGUAGGCGCUCUGGACGACCUGAGCAGCGAGAACCUGAAGAAAUUCAAGAACAAGCUGUGCGAUCGUAAGGGGGAGCCUCGCGUGCGGCGCGGCAACGUGGAGAAGUUGGAGUACACCGUGGAGCUCGCGGACCUCCUCAUCAACACCUUCACCACGAGGAGCGCCGUGCAGGUGACGGUGGAGAUCUUAACGGCCAUCGGCUGCAAUCAAGUCGCAGAGGACCUGAAGAGGGACACCGAGGGCGACGGUCCUGCGCCCCAGCCUGAGGUGCGGAACGACAAUGUACCUGUGCCCCAGCCUCAGGUGCAGGACUCCGCUGUACCUGCACCCCAGAGGUCAGCAGGGGUGGCGAGGACUCCGCCAGGUGGUUACGAUCAGCCGGACACUUCUGCAGUGCUUAUUCCCAGCAGCCUGGAGUUCAAACAGACCGUCCUCAGAGAACAAGGACAGAAGAUUUACCCUGUUCUAGAUAAGGCAGUGAGGAAGCGUUUGGCUCUGCUGAUCAACAACGUGGAGUUUGACUGUAAGGAAAUGAAGAGGAACGGAGCUCAGAGAGACGAGGAGAACAUGGAGAAGCUGCUGAGAGGUCUGGGCUACGACGUCGUAAAACACACCAACCUCUCCGGACAGGAAAUGGACGAGGCGGUAAAAAGCUUUGCUGGACGUAGUGAGCACAAAGAAUCAGACAGCACCUUCGUGGUUAUAAUGUCCCACGGCAAGAGAGACGCCAUUUUGGGGGUCCAUUAUGGAGUAAACAACCUGACUGACGUCCUCCCUGUCGAUAAUAUCUACUCCCACCUGAACUCGCAGAACUGUCCAGCUCUCAUCAACAAACCCAAAGUGAUUCUAAUUCAGGCCUGCAGAGGAGGUGAGAAUGGCAGUGUGUGGGUUGCUGAUGGUGAACCAGGCCAGUUGUGGAACAUGGAGAGUGACGUGUGGGAGCACAAGGAGAAGGACUUCAUCUCCCUGCUGUCCUGCACACCUGAUACCAAAUCUUACAGGCACAAACUGAAUGGAUCUCUUUUUGUUGGAUUCCUGGUGGAGGUGUUCAACGCUAACGCCAACAAGGAUGACAUCGAGGAGCUGUUCCGACAGGUUAUGAGGCGUUUCGAGGAAUUCGGGAUGCUGAAGCAGAUGGUGUGUAAGGACCGCACCACUCUGCUGAAGCUUUUCUACCUUUUCCCUGGACUCUGAUGCUCCGAGUCACUCAGUGCGUCUUAAAGUGGAAUUCUCACUUUGUUAACUGUGAUAUUUUCUUCCAAAUUGCCUCUUUCCUUAAUGUUCUCUUAAAUCAUAGAAACCUCUCUGUCCUCUGGUGCCUACGGGAGCAGGUCAGCAAAAUGUCAGCAAUAUGCUUGUAAUAGGUUAGUAAUAUACCAGUAAUAUUCCAGCAAAAUAUUAGUAGUAGGUCAGUGACAUGUCAGUAGAAUACCAGUAAUGUUAGUAAUAUGACAGCAAUGUAUUAGUAAUAUUUGACAGAUAGGUCAGUAAUAUGCCAGUGAUAUAACACCAAUACUUCAGUAAAGCCCUAUUGGAGCUGGAUUAGUUUGACCAGAGGAGGUCCGGUAAUGUUGUUUUUGUGUGAUUUAACUAGCCAAUUCGCACAGAAUAAAGUUUAAUGGUUUCCCCAAAUUACCUCAAAAGCCCGUCUCGAAACAUUGCGUGGACAUUUGCAUCAGCAUUAUGCGACAGGUGCCACGCUACUGAACAAUAACAACAGGCUAAUUGAUAUAUAGACUAACGUUAGGCUAGUAAGUGGGUUCAUUUAACUUACCAAAUGCCGCCCAACAAGACAGAAAACACACUGCCUUGCGAGAGGUUGUCCUUGUAAUUUGGCCAUCAUGAACUUGAGGAUUAAGGAAUUGGUCAAAUUGAGCUCCAUUUAGCUGUUAGCCUCGUCGUCAAGUCACAAAAAAGAAAAUAAAGGCAGGCCCUGUAAUUUUCCCAUUCCACCUUAAAUGGGGCAGAUGCCAUAAUGUUGCUACUGCACCAUUUAAGGUGGAACGGGAAAUCUGAGAUGCCAGAAUGUAACUGCUGCACCAUUUAAGGUGGAAUGAGAAAAUUCAAACAGCAAGCCGAAAAAGAGUAAGACAACUUCAGCCUUGUCUGUUUUCUAUGACCCACUUUUGUUAUUACAGUACUGAGAUGUCAAUUCGAGCAGGACUGCUAUUACUGAGCUCUGAGUUGGCAGUUUAUAGGAGGUAAUUCACUCCAGAAUUAUUGUAAAAAAUAUGGACAUAACAGAUUUGUACUGGAUUAAAAUCAUGGAUUUUGACCAUAAUCACUCAGAUUACGGCACCUCCCCAUGUUAUACUAAGCCUGCUUGAAAAGAGCUUAAUAUGUCAAUGAUAUGUCAGUAGCAUGUUAGUGAUAUGUCAGUAAAAUGUCAGGAAUAUAUCAGCAAUAUGUCAGUGAUAUGUCAGCAAAAUUCUAGCAAUAUGUCAGUGAUAUUUCAGUAAUGUGUCAGUGAUGUCAGUGAUAUGUCAGGAAAAUUUCAAUAAAAUGUCAGUAAUAUUCCAGCGGUAUGUCAGUGAUAUGUCAGGGAUAUGUCUGUAAUAUACCAGCAAUAUAUCAGUGACAUGUCAGUGAUAUGUUAGUGAUAUGUCAGGGAUAUGUCAGGAAAAUGUCUGUAAUAUAUCAGCAAUAUGUCAGGGAUAUGUCAGGGAUAUGUCAGUAAUGUACCAGCAAUAUGUCAGGGAUAUGUCAGGGAUAUGUCAGUAAUGUACCAGCAAUAUGUCAGGGAUAUGUCAGGGAUAUGUCAGUAAUGUACCAGCAAUAUGUCAGAGAUAUGCCAGUGACAUGUCAGUAAUAUACCAGCAAUAUGUCAUUGAUAUGUUAGUGAUAUAUCAGUGAUAUGUCAGGGAUAUGUCAGGGAUAUGUCAGUAAAAUACCAGCAAUAUAUCAGUGAUAUAUCAGUGAUAUGUCAGUAAUAUACCAGCAAUAUGUCAGCAUAUGUCAGUGAUAUGUUAGGGGUAUGUCAGCGAUAUGUCAGGGAUAUGUCAGUAAUAUGUCAGCAAUAUGUUAGUGAUACGUCAGGCAUAUGUCAGCGAUAUGUUAGUGAUAUGUCAGUGAUAUGUCAGCGAUAUAUCAGUGAUAUGUCAUGGAUAUGUCAGGGAUAUGUCAGCGAUAUAUCAGUGAUAUGUCACGGAUAUGUCAGGGAUAUUGUAACCAUUUGCCUAGAGAACCCACUAGGUAAUUAGGGUUGUAACAGGAUGGUUACAAUAUGUCAGUGAUAUGCCAGGGAUAUGUUAGUCAGUGUGCUGGUUUUCCUGACAUCACAAAAGCGAUGAAUUCCAAAUAGUUUCAUUUCCAUAUAUGGACUGAAUAGACUGAAAAGCAAAGCUUAUGUUUUGGUGCUUUAACAGUGUUUGUCACCUAUAUCUACUACUCUUAUUUCAAGAAAGCGAGGGAAUUUUGAUUUUCCAUAAUGUGAUCACUUUAAUGUACAUGUGAAGUAAUGAAGACUUAAAAAUGUGCAGAAAAGUGUCAUUUAAAGACCAACAUGUGGAGCCUGUGCCGUUAAAUACAGUUUGAUAACAUAUAAUGAUCCUGCAGUGCCCUUCAUAUAAAGUGCUGUAAUUGCAGUUUUAAAUAAAGAGACAUUUUGGUUUGAAA